GUGUAGUCUGCCGCACAGCUCACCAGAAGAAGAUGAAUGUCGAAAAGCUUUGAUGGUUGGUUCCUGCAAUCGAGCGCUGAGUUGCGGUAUUUCCGAUGGUCCAUGAAGGCAGCAGCAGCGGAGGAAGGAUCCCUGGCAACGCUGUCACAAAGCUAGCCUUGUCCUGGUCCUGCUCAGCCUCUGAAUGCAUCAGCUUUGUCAACAUGCACCUAAAUGUUCACCUAGGCUGUCUAACAUUUGAUCCUCACCUCGCAGCUUCCUCAAAGGCGUGUUAACAGAUGUGUAAUGGCAUUUUUUAGCGAGCCCAGCUAGCCUAGCUAGCAGACUUUGUCUCCGUCGUAGCCACAAUCCAGCUAACCAGAACGAGUUGUUGUUAGCUCCAAGCUAGCUCACGGCGAACAUGGCGAUUGUGUCUGGCUCCUGUGCCAGGGUGAACGGCUCCAGGAACGGGCCCUCCGUGUCAGCCACGCCGUCGGGAUCAGUCGGACCAUCUCAGCCCAUGAUAGCGGUGUGGGAAUGGCAGGACGACCUGGGCUACUGGCGGCCUUACAGCGGCCAAGUGAGCGCCUACAUCGAGCGGUGUCUGUCACCGCGGGGCCAGAGAGGAGGGGCACCCGGCUCAACGAGCAUCUGCCUCGGACAAUCAGACCCCAGCCUGUCGCCUUACCUCAUUGACAUACCGAGCUUGAAGCAGUUUCGACAGGACACAGGAAAGACACGAUCAGUACGUCGAUCUCUGUUCGCCCAGUCCUCAGGCCUGGGCAGUGGUGUUUACUGGGAAUGGGCCAAUGACGAAGGAGGAUGGACUCCAUACGAGACUCGAACCUCUAUCCUUUUGGAGCACAGCUAUCAGGCCCGCCAAGGCACGGCAGACUUGGGCCCACAUGGAUACAAUUACAUCGUGGAUCUGACAUCUCUGGCCCAAGUGAACAAAUCGACGGGCUUCAGGCGGCAGGUGCGACGGCAGUGCAACCUCCCCUACCCGCUGGCCUCCUCUGGUCCCCCGGCCAUCCCCUCAGGCCCUGCCUGCUCCUGCCAGCAGUGUUUGAGCCACAGCAGCACAGGACCCAUGCCCAGCCGUUCACGACAUUCCUUUUCGUCGGGGAGUCUGAACCGGCCGAGUCUCCAGGGGACGGGGAGGGCUGCAGCGGCUCACCCUACUUCAGUGUACUCGCCGUACCCAAGGAGACCCCUCUCCGUCGGUGGAAUGUCCUGGGGCAGCCCCUGGCCUCCACCUGCCUCUGGUAGUCAACUUCCCGCACCGCUCCUGACCAGCUCGACCAGUGCCAACGGGUUAAGUGUUCCUUCCAUCUCUGUGCAGCUGAACGGAUCCACCAGCGUGAGCUCUGCCCUGGCAGCCUCGUCUCAGAGACCCGAGGAGGUGAUUCAGCGCUACAUGGAGGUGGUGGCCGGCGUGCCAGAUGAGGACUGUAUUAUCUGCAUGGAUCAACUGUCCAAUCCAUCCGGCUACGAGACACCAUCCACGGAGGAGGGAGGCCAGAGCAUCCUGCCAGACACUGUGGGAAAAUUCAUCAAAUGCGGACACACCCUGCAUAUGCUCUGCAUGCUGGCCAUGUACAAUAACGGAACUAAGGACGGCAGCUUGCAGUGCCCCUCGUGUAAGACAAUCUACGGGGAGAAGACCGGGACCCAGCCCAAAGGCAAGAUGGAGAUUUACAGCAUCGCCCAGUCACUGCCGGGACACCCAGACUGUGGCACCAUCCAGAUCAUCUACAGCAUCCCGCCUGGGAUACAGGGCCCAGAGCAUCCCAACCCGGGCCAGCCGUACACCUGCAGAGGCUUCCCUCGCUUCUGUUUCCUACCGGACAACGACAAGGGGAGGAAGGUCCUGGAGCUGCUGAAGGUGGCGUGGAUGCGUCGUCUUAUCUUCACCGUGGGAACAUCCAGCACCACUGGCGAACCCGACACGGUGGUGUGGAACGGCAUCCACCACAAAACCGAGAUGAUGUCCAACCUGUCGGGCCACGGCUACCCUGACCCCAACUAUUUGGACAAUGUUCUGUCUGAGCUGGCCUCUCAGGGCGUGACAGAGGACUGCCUCAAACCUCCAGGAAGCAGCAGCGGCAGCAGCUAGGUCACAGCUCCGAGCUUCACACACUUCCACUCACUGCUAACCACUGAGUUAACCCUUCCAAAUCCUCCUCUGUGACCAGGUGGACCUCCUGCAACCUCUGUCUGUUAAUAACGUCAGCGUCUACCCAACUCUCAUCGAGUGAGCGAAAGGGGAAAAGUGAGCUAAAUAAAGGUCUUGAAUCCUCUGUGGAAGGAGCCUGUCUGCUGAGAAUGGUUCUUGCUCCACCACAUUUCUGCUCAUCACAUAUUCCGAGAGAUUGAACUCAGAAAAAAAAAAAAAAUGGGGCUCCACUUACUCUGAGCUUCUCUCAUCAGCCCUCCAUAAACUGGAGAUUGUUUUUGUGUUUUUUUCCCAACGAGCCUCAUCUGUAUCCCCUUGUUCGGUUUCCGAGAGAAUGGGAGCUUACGCUGGGGAUAAAAAUCUCAUGAAGCACUUUAGUUCUGACAGUGCAUUUAGCUGAGAAGAUGUGUGAUUUCCUGGUAAAAGGGCAGUUAACUUGUUUUCAAAUUGGGAACUCAUGCAGUCCAAGUGUUUCUGCUGAAAACUGUUGUGUUUAGCACAACGACACACUGAAACUUCAAGUAGCAAAGUCAGUAUAUAUUAGCCUAUUUGAUGAAAAGAGGCAAUACUUUACUGUUGUAAAUAAAUUUAAAAAAAAUAUGAAUGAAACAAAAGUAUGUGAAAAAAACAAGUUGUGACCACAAAUGCCAUAAAUAAAAUUGUGAUUUUUUUUUGUUUUUUACAACAUUUAACACCACUUCUGAUUUGACCAUGGUAUAUUUAAUUCCCUAACACAAUUUGAUAGGCAGAUGUCUGACGCACUCACAUGGUGAUCUGUCAUGUUUUGCAGUAUCUGUGCCCAGGGGCGUUCUGCAGCCAUUGUUUUUGUCACUUAAUAUGUUAGUGUUGCCAUGUAUGUGAGAAGGGACAAGGUUACAUCGUAUAUAGCCGCAGUUCUUUUGUCUGAACAGAUGGCGAAGGACCGACUAAAAGAAGGGGAAAAAAAAAAUAAAUAAAAGAAGCUCCGGUUAAGAAAAAUUUUCAGUGUGACAAUCAAGGUCAUCAAAGUCGUCUUGAUUAAACAAGACAUGUGGAGCCGUGGCGAGCGUAUUAAUGUUCCCGCGGGCCGCAAACCUCCUGUAUUCACAUGCAUUAUUCUGCUCACAGUACUGCAGUACAAGUUGCUCAACUGAGUCUUGACAUGUAUACAAACAAAAUUGAGAAAAAAAUAAAGAAAUCUGCAAUAAAGAAAUAAUGCAAAAUGA